GUCCUGACUCGGUGAGGGCGCUCUUGCUCUUCCAUUCGCGCGCGUAAAAACAGGGGAGUCCACAGGUCCGAGUCCGAGAGGUGUAUGAGGGGGGGUCUCUCUUAAGAAGAAGAAGAGAGAGGAGGUGCUGACUCCAUACGCGCCUCCUCCUUUUUUCUUUCUCUUUUUUUGCUGUGUGUGUGCGCGCGAGCCUGGAAGGCGCGCGGCGCUCCGUCAGUGCGCUCUGCCUGCCAGUCGGAGGAUGGGGAUUUUUUUCUCCCAUUUAUCCACGUCCCCUUUCCCCUCCUCCUCCUCCCUUCAAACAAGCCAGUCGGUCUGUCAAUGCGCUGCGAGCGUUCAGGCGAGUCAAAGCAGUUGGAUCGGGAGCCGGAGAAACGGAUGAGACCGCGCACGAGGAGGACGACGGCAGGACGGGAGCGAGCGCAUCCGAACCCCGGACUCUCCACCCGCAUCUUUUCUUCUUUUUCUCCAUUUUCAUCACUUCUUGACUCUUCGUUUGUGGGAUUUAUCCUCCACUUUGGAUCGUUUUUGUAUUUCCUAAACUCCGGAUUCUCUGGUGCGCACGGACUGAAGAACCUCCGCGCGCCUUUCUCCAAGGAUGGAGCUGUGGACACGAGCCUCCCUUUAAACCUGCCGGGUCCGUUCAACCAAAACUAACAUAUAUUUUUACAUUUUUUCAUUUUGGGGGAACCUGGAGAUGUGCGGAAGAAGGUAAUGGGAGAGAAAGCCCUCCGACUCCAGCAGAACAAGGGAACAUUGUUCGGGAGGAGACAAUCAGAAGUAGCUUUUUCUUUUUGGUGAAUGUAUCCAGCAUCUUGUGGAGUAUUCCCGGGAAUGUCGUGGGAUUGAGACAGCACUUUGGGAUCGAAGUUGAGUGAAGUGUCCUCUCCUCUUGGCUUUGUGGAUCCAUGCGCGCAGCAGAGCCUCUCUGACUCCCCGUGCGCCCGAUCCGGCUUUUGUGUGGACGAACAUCAGCAGCAGCAGCAGAAACACAAGCGAGGGUUUCUCUCCCGGAUGGGGCUGCGCGUGCGCGUGCUGGGCGCCCGGGUGGCGAUGGCGUUUGCAGGGAAUGGGUUGUGGAUCGCGCUGGUUUUCCUACUGGAUUUACUGGGGACGACGGCCAGCAACAUGGAGCCGAUCUACUGGAAUUCCCGGAACGAGAGGUUCAAGGACGACAAGGGCUACAUCCUGUAUCCUCAGAUCGGGGACCGGCUGGACCUCAUCUGCCCCCCUCUGGACACGGCCAGGUCCACGCCGGAGUACGAGUUCUACAAGCUGUACCUGGUGUCGUCGCGGGAGCAGGCGGACCGCUGCGAGGUGAUGGGCUCCCCCAACAUCGUGCUCACCUGUGACGAGCCCACCCGUGAGCGCCGCUUCACCAUCAAGUUCCAGGAGUUUUCCCCCAACCUGUGGGGCCACGAGUUCAAGAGCAUGCACGACUACUACAUCAUCGCCACGUCAGACGGGACGCGUCAGAACCUAGAUAGCAUGAGAGGAGGCGUGUGCGCCACACAAGGGAUGAAGGUGGUCCUGAAAGUGGGACAGAGCCCAUAUGGGCUCCCCCCAAAGAAGGAGCCUCCAGCGGGACGCACCACCAGCAGAAACCCAGGUGGUGCUGGAAACUCCACUCAGUCUCGAGGGCCGAUCGGUGGGGAUGGCAGAGAUGAGAAUGGCCCGCUCCAAGCCUCCAACAUUGCUGUCAUCGCUGGGACAGCAGGAGGCUCCGCCUUCCUCCUGCUGGUGACCGCAGUGAUCUGCGUGGUGUGCUACCGGCGGCGGCACGCGAAGCACUCGGACACCCACCAUCCCCCGCUCUCCCUGUCCUCCCUCACCAGCCCCAAGCGGGGAGGCGGCGGGGGCAUCACCAGCUCCAACAACAACGGCUCCGAGCCCAGCGACAUCAUCAUCCCGCUGCGGACCUCAGACUCAGCCUACUGCCCUCACUACGAGAAGGUGAGCGGGGACUACGGUCACCCGGUGUACAUCGUCCAGGAGAUGCCGCCUCAGAGUCCGGCCAACAUUUACUACAAAGUAUGAGACAGCUGUCGCUCUGGCUGAUCGGACAUGCCCACCUCCCUCCUCCCAGCCAAUCCCAAUGUUUGCCAUCACAGCUUCAGCCCCGAUCGCCUCAGUACUGAAAGUAUUGCCCCUUAGACCUCCCCCUUCUUCGCCCUCAGCCACAGUUGAGUAUCCAGCUGAACAAACCGCCCCGCCCCGUUUCCCCAGAAGAGGGCCGUCAAGUGUGUUCGGUGGUACAUGACCCUUCUUGAGGCCCUCAGGAAGGGGCAAGAGGAGCUAAACACGCGUCGUCCGUGCAUUACUGAACCGUCACCGCCUGGGGCCAACUUGCAAUUGCAGCACACCCCCUUCUUUAAAAGGGUACGGACCUGGCACUGAGUCAUGUGAGGUUUCCCCUCCCCCAAAAAACUCUGAUUGUCAGAGGCCACGCCCACGUGGCCCGUUGCCCCGCCUCCUCAGAGUACCAGAGACGAGUCCAUUAACUGGAACUGCAGGACCCCGCUGUCUUUGGUUCGUCUGACUCAAUCACCCGAGCGGCGCUCACAUGACCACGCCCAGGCCCGACGUGGACGGAACAAUCGGUGGCGCUCAGAAUCUUGUAUAUUUUAAUAAGCCGUGUGUGCGUGAGUGUGGGUACAGGUUGGAUAAUAAUUAUAGUACUGCUGCCGCACCUUUAGACUGGUGUCUCUCAGCAGGUGAGUGGUUCGUAUGUGUGUGUGCGUGUGCGUGUGUGCGUGUGUGUGUCCUUUAGACUUGUCUUAAAUACCAAAACACAAAUUAGUGAGUGAAUAUCAAGAAAAAAAAGGUUAGAUUUUCUAUGGCUAUCAACACUUAUAGAUGAUAUAUAUAUGAAUAUCCAGUAAAUAAUUUCUAGAUGUUUUUUCGUUCUUUUUUAUCGUUUUUUUCUUUUUUUUCUUUGUUCCGUUCAAGUUCGCCCUUUGCUGUUAGACCAUUUUUAUCAUGUUUUUCACAACUCGGAACGACCUUAUCUCCUGCCUUCUGCCUUGUAUAAUAAUUUAAUCCUUUUUAUUGAUUUUUGUUUUGUUUUGUUUUGUUUGGGCAAAAUUGUUGCCCCGCCCCUUUAUCUCCCCAGUCCCGCCCUCUAGGGUCCACUCUGUAUAUUUUUCUAGAUCCUUGUACUAUGCUGUAGUUUUGAGGUCUAGACCUCGUUCGUGGAAGUGUUGAGGUAGAAACAUUUAUGAAAGUUUUUCUUUUUUUUUUUCUUUCUUUUUUUGUGUGGGGGAGGGGAGGAACGCAGGAGUGGAAUGAAGCCUGGGUGGGGGAGGGUAAAGAAGGAAUAAAGGGGGAGGGGAAGAAGAACUUAAAAAAAUAAGAAGACGAGAAAAGACUGUGAAGUAAUUGCACACUGAGGAGGAGGAGGAGGAGAGAGAAAGAUGAAGGAUGGAUGGAGACGGAAGAGACUUCCUCUUUGAUGGACCGACCGCCAAACUGGACUUUGGGGGGAGGGGGGAGGGGUUGAACUCUUGACGAGCGGAAAGAACGGACCUUCUCAAACACACGCAUUCACUGGGACGCCCUCACGCUUUCCGUUGAGACAGUUCAUGAGCCUCGCCCCGUUUUCUGCACACGACCAAACGCACCACAUUUUGAUGACUGUCGCAAAACGCCGCUCGGUUGGGCGGCGCAUCGCCCCCUCCCCCGCCCCGUUCCGAUUUCCCGCCUCACACAUACACAACUUCUCACCUACACUGAUCGCCGUCAUGUGACUCUGUGUUUCGACCCGCCGGACACGGGAAGGAUGAAACGAGUGAUUGUGCGUUUUUCUUUCCUCCUUCACACACAGACACACAAACACACCAGUGCCCGGCACCGCGAGCUCGCAGAGUUCAGAGGUGUUCAAAUGUGCAUACUAAUAAAGCUGUUUUGUGUUGCUCAAACAUGUUUAUGGCUUAUGUGUAAACUGGGUGGCGGUGGACCGCUUUUCCUUUCAGACUCACACACAGACACACACAGACACACAAAGCCUCCAGUGUUGUUGCCAUGUAUCCUGUGUGAAGCCAGUGUUAAACCUGAAACCUUUCAACGAUUCUCAGCUGUGUUUUGUAUCAUAUAAUCUUUCAUACCUGCGUGUCACAUUCGUCUGAAAUGAAUUUGUUCGGCACACGAUGAUGUUCCCAUAUGCUUUUUUACUCCAUUGGAGGAGGAAGAGUUCGGAUUGUACUUGACUGUGUUAAAGUUGAUUUCAGAAAAAGUUGGGUGGGUUUUAAAACAACGACAAAAGAAAAACAACAAAAAAAGCACCUCAAAUUCUUCUUUUUUUGUACCAAUUUGUGUUUUUUCUGUAUCCUGUUCAGUCUGUGUCAGUUUAAACAUGCUCAGAGUACCUUAAAAAAUUCCUCCAAGCCAAAUGAAGUGUCUGUUAUUCUCUGUUGACUAUUUUCUGCGGUGUUUACGACAAUAGAAAAAAAUAGAAGAAAAAAAGCCCAGAUUUUGUUUGUUUGUUCCCUCGGUAAAAAGGAACAAACUUUUUUUUUUUUUUGAUUUUCAUGUCGGUGUUUUGUCUGGCUUUAUAUAUGAAAAAAGAAAACAUGGACGCAGCUGCUGAUACUAUAAAGAGAUAUGGUUUUUUAAGGGGGGAGGAGAGCAGGUUAAAAGACCCACUCCGACUAAAAAAAAAAAAAUAGAAAAAUUAUAGCUUUGGUGUUUUGAACAUGCCGUGACAUUUUAUGAUGAUAAUGUACAUGUAUUUUAUUCUCCACACUGUAAGGCGCACCGUCAAUGAAUGCUUUAUUUUCAAACUUACGUUACAAAUGACAAACUCUGAACCUUAAGGCAUAUUCACCAAGAGAAAAGAGAUAAACAUUUGUUUAUAACCUGCUAUACAUUAGCAACAUUAGAAGUGUUAGCCAUGUUAGCAUAUUCAAAAUACCAUUACUCUUAACCUUGUUUGCAACUUGUAAAAAUACUCUGAUACAGAUAAAACAAAUGUUACUGUGACUAUGCUAACUCCUAACCUUGCUAACAACAUAUAAAAACAUACUUUGACAUGCUACACGUUAGCUUGGUUAGGAGCGCUUGCUGUGUUAGCGUAAUCACAACGCCUGUAAGUUGUUUGUAACACGUAAAAAAAUGACUGAUACUGCUAAAGAAAACAUUAUUGUGGCUAUGCUAACUCCUAACCUCGUUAGUAACAAUAAAAAACACAUUCCGACAUGCUACACAUGACCCGUGUUUGCUGCGUUAGCGUAUUCACAACACCUGAAACUCCUAACCUUGUUUGGAACCGAUUGAUAUUGCUAAAGCAAACAUUAUUGUUAUUGUGCUAAGUCCUAAUCUUGAUAGGUCCGAAAUGCUACAUGUUAGCUAUGUUAGAGGCAUUAGCCUCGCUACCGUAUUCACAAUAUCUGUAAUACCCAACCUUAUUUGCAACAGGUAAAAACAAACUGAUAUCGCUAAAAUAUGUUACUAUGCUAACUCCCAACAUUGUUAGUAACAUUAAAAGAAGCUUAUUCCAACAUGCUACAUGUUAGCCACGUUAGCGUGUUCACAAUGCCUGUAACAUCCAACCUUGUUUACAACAUGUAAAAAACAGAAUGAUACCGCAAUAACAAACAUUAUUGUGGCUACGCUAACUCCCAACCUUUCUACUAACACGUUAACAAAACAAAGCAAACAGUUCGACACCGCUACAUGUUAGCCGCUAAUGCUAAUGCAGCAGAAUUAAUUAAUAUAUAACGUGCUCCAGAUUAUAAGGCAAAUUGUCGUUUUUUUUUUUAAGUGCGCCUUGUAGUGUUGAAAAUACUGUACAACUUCAACCUCUUUCUUUUUAAGAGAUAUUUCUGAUUAUAUUACACAAUAAUUUCACAAUAAACCUAAAACUGUCCAAAAAAAGGCAAUUCUGAGUAGUAAAUUUGAUCACAAAAUUUGCGAUAAAACAUUUUAUAACACAAGAUGAAACUUCUAGAGACAAAAUAAAAAUGUGUAAAUCAUCACUGUGGAAAUUAUCUUUUAAAAAAAGAAAAAAAACCAGACAAAUCUCCAAUAAGUUCCCGGGAUUUAUUCCAAGUGAUUCCACAAGUAUGUGCCAUAACUCUUGUAAUUUUUGUUUUAAACCAAAAAUUUCAAAUCUUUUGAAUAAAAAUUCUACUAUUAGGGGAGUUUCUGUCAUUCCUAAGUUUCUGUAAAUUGCUGAUGUGAUUGGCAAACUCCCCGCUGAGUUCAGAGGCUUACAAAAAUUGAGCUUAAAAUUGCAUUUUUGAGUAUUUCUUUAUUCAAAUUGUUGUGAAUCAGAAGCAAAUGAAAAAAUGCCGUUUUAGCUUGUUUGUGAAGUAGAAAAUACACUCGGUAGAUCACAAGCUACGACGAUGAGGGGAAGAGGGGCGGGGUUGCUCCACGUCACAACUCAGAGGGGAAUUUCUAAUUAACUAAUUAAUUAAUGUAAUAGUUUUUAAAAAAACACUGCUUUUAAGCUAAGUCAAAGGAUGAUCGGAGUGGGUCUUUGAAAGAAAAAAGAAAAGAAACAGCCGAACCCCCGCCGCUGAAAGUGCGUGUUUGUAAAGGUGUGAGCGGAGGCCCUCGUCCGUGACGUGUUGAGAUUUUUUUUUUGUAUUUGGGAGACUUUUGUGUGAGAAAGGCUAUUUUUGUGUCCUCUCCUCCUCUUAUCUACUCAUCACUCUGACCCCCCUCCAUCAUACCCCCCUCCCUCCUCCAACACGCCUCUAAGGAGAGGAAAAAACAUUCCUGGUUUGGAAAAAAAAAAAAAAAGAUUGAAUAAAAAAGAAACCCAAAAACGUU